AUGCUAGAACGUUUGUUGGGAAUCACAGAUGAAGUGCGAGAGCUACAGCAGACGCCACCCUUGGUCUUAGAAGAAAACGAAGAGGCCGAAGAUAUUGAAAUUGAAAUUAAUAAACUGAUAAAAGCGACGCUGGAAGACUCUAAUAGAGAUAUGUUGGCAGCUAAUGCACCUGCCGGAACAGGCAGAACUUUUACUAUCUCUAUGUAUAUCGCUAAGUUGCUAGAAAAUGUUAAAGACGUAAUUCUGGUCGCUGCGCCCACAAAUUUAGCCAUCCAAAAAGUCAGUGAGAAUGUUCCCAUCAACGAUUAUUUGUAG